AUGAUCAACUUUGUCGUCGCCUUUGGUCCUACGAACGAGUCCUUCUUCAUAGCUGCUGGGUCGUCCACGCGCAAAGGUGCCCAGAUCCCUGUCGGGAUGCGUGGCAAGCUCGAUGCAGAGCUCAACACGCCCAUCAGUUUGCCGCCAUUGGCCCAUCCGGGCAGUGACUGGAAUACCGGCGACCUUGCCGGGCUCGCUGAGCACCUAAAGGCCCGUGUCACCCAGACGUACGGCGUGACAUUCGGUCCUGGGGGUGCGUGCAGCUGGUCGAGCAAGACCUAUGGUUGGCACUACUGGGGCCUCGCGGCGGAUCAAAUUGCGUGGAUCAACAAGAUGAAGGCGGCCCACGGCGCAGACUUCAGGCUCUUAGUCGGCACGGGCCACGCCACAGUCAUGCUAUACAAGGACAACGCAAUCCGUUAUCAUGCAUGUGGCGAUAAGUUGGCCAAUACCUUGACCGCUGCCAUCAACAAGGACCUCCACGUCCGAUAUAUCUCGCUUAGCACGACCCAUGGCGAUCGCUUCUUCGUACAAUUCGCAGACCACAGCAUUACGUGGGGCAAUGCCGGGCAGCACGUCAGCAAGGAUUUGAAUGAUAUAGCUAAGAAUUACGGCGCCAGGGUAAAGGAGUCUACGUGGUAUCAGCCCACAAUGCCGCCAAUCACUUCCGGUCCGUCAUCGUGGACGCAUGCACAUCUCCUCAAGUGGCCCGUCGAGCGCCCGCGACCAGGCGGGCGCAUUGAGGGCGGAGGGGUUGCAGUCGGCUCUCGGAGGAUCCUGGCCAUCGCGGCGACCACAGAUCAAGACGUGUCCGACAACAACUCCAUGGUAAUCGACAGCCGUCGGGUUUCGCAAGCUCGAAGCAAUUCCAGUCCAUUUUUUCAAGGGAGCGAGAACGAGGCAAUCGAAGUGGCCGGAUAG